AUGACACCACACUUGCACACCCUCAAGUCUGCUUUUGGGGAAAUGGGCACCUGCAAUGGCCAGACAAACAAAAUUGAAAAUAACGAGAGAGCCGUCACCACCAACGGCAGCCCAGAGGCCAAUGCCAGGGUCCCUCACAUAGACCCUCAAAUCCACACUGCAGAUAUUGCGCAGUUCACGCAGUUCGGCUUUGAAGCGAAGGUGGAGAGACUUGCAAACCGCUCAGGCUUCCAGCCAAGCAUGAUACAAGACGUGUACAAACACUCGAGCACCUUCAAGCAGGCGGAAGAUAUUGCGAAGGCCAUGCGGGUUGCUGCUGUGAAGCAGGUGAUGCCGGACAGUGAUGGUGAGGAUGGAGAGGACGAAGAAGAUGAGGAAGAGGAAGAUGAGGAGAAAAAAGAAGACGGCGAGGACAAGACUGAGGACAAGAAUGAGAAAAAGAACAAGGACAAGGAUGUCAAAGAAGAGGACGAGUGA